AUGCCAAUUAAUUUUGCAACACAUGGUAUCGAGUCUGAUGGCCAGGUUGUCGUAUCCAGGGACUUUCAAAUAUCCCUCACUCCUGAGAUCUGGAUUCUGAAAUUCAUCUCCGUUCUGACAAAGAGCUCCAAGAUUCGGACAACAGUGCAAGUUCUGCAGGCGACAGCCACGGGCCUCGAGCGCAAGGAUAAAGGCAAGAAUCUCGCAAAGACGAACGGCGCAUGGGAUAGCAGCAUCGAUCUUCAAGCCAUCGUCGAUGAUGAGUCUCACACCAUCGCGCCAGUUCAAUACAGCGUGAUGAAAUGUGGUGAUGAUAUCCAAACAUCGAACCCUGGUGCUCCUCGCUUGGCCAAGGAACGAUCUAUGGGCACUUGGACAAACACAUUAUGGCCACCAAUCACAGUUACAAUGUAUCACUGGAUACAUCCGGGGAGAUUCUCAUGCCAGAUUCUGGUGGCUUCCUCACGAUAUCAUCCUUCCCUUGUAUGUGUCUCUGUGGAUGCGGACAAACAUUAUGAUCGUCUCUCUGAGGCCCAAAAGUUCGGCUUGAUACUAAGUAAUGUCACUGCACCGCAGCUCAUGACUGUCGUAAAAAUUUGCAUAUUUACCCGCCAGUCUCCAAUAUUGUGUAGGAAAAAGUGCGGUUUGCAAUGGCGUAUUUACGGGGCUCUUGUUCUCAUUUGUGCGGCCCAGCAGCCGUACAUUUGCAGUUGUCACCAGGUUAUUGUGGCCGUGCUCAGGGAUGCCAAGCCCGCGCAUCCUGAUAUCCUUGCGAUCGAAGAAUGUGACUGGUACUUCAUCGAACAACGUUGGCUCGAGAUAUCAGGGUGA